AGACCACGAGAAACAUCGUCGAUACAUGCAGUCUAGACGGGAGGGAGGUGGCUGCGGAUCGAUGAUCUCGAUACUAGACCUAUGGUAUCCGUUCGUGGCGAGAAUCUGCGUUAUUGGAGCCAAAAUUCCCGGUUUUCCCGUCUUUCACCACAUUCUCUCGUCUCGUCCAGAUGUAACUCCUAUUGCCGUUACCGCAGAUGCCGGUCCGCGUGGCAAGAAGACUCGAUGGGUUUGGAGAAAACUCCCAUGCAAGACGAAGACUGCUAGCUUUUGGAACAGGUGUUCAUCCGUGUAGAUAACAUGUUUGCCGAAUCAU